AGGAGAAGCGGAAGUAGCUGAGGGCGAAGCAUCUCGCUCCGCUACGCCCCUCUCUGUUCUCUCAUCAGCAGCACGAGCCCCGCCUCGCGACGCGAACCGCUGGCCGUUUCACCUUCAACGUAACCCACAUCUGUCUGUCAGCCCGCCGCGCCGCCGCCACCGCGGCAUGUUCAUUUCCACGCCGGCUCAGCGGACUACGCGGAUUUUAACCCGAGCAGCGACAUGUCGGAGGUGCGAAAAUUCACAAAGAGACUGAGCAAACCCGGGACGGCCGCGGAAGUCCGGCAGAGCGUGUCGGAGGCUGUGAGGAGCACCGCGGACCCCGUGGAGCAGCGAACCAUCAUUGAGCCGUUGGACUAUGAGGCCGUGGUGUUUCAGAGAAAAGCCCAGAUCCACAGUGACCCUCACCGAGACCUGCUGCUCUGCGCUGUCGACGAUGUCUCAGAGUCCCAGAUCUCCCGACAGAGGAGGACUGUUGUUCCCUCGGUGCCACAGAAUGCUGAGCGGGAGGCCAGGAGUCUGUUUGCUAAAGAGUGCAUCAAGACGUACAACACCGACUGGCAUGUAAUCAACUACAAAUACGAGACUUACUCUGGAGACUUCCGCAUGUUGCCGAGCAAAGGCAUGAAGACGGACAAGCUGCCAGCUCAUGUGUUUGAGAUUGAUGAAGACGCCAGAGACGAGGACUCGGCAUCGCUGUGUUCUCAGAGGGGAGGCAUCAUGAAGCAGGGCUGGCUCCAAAAAGCCAACAUUAACAGCAGCCUGUCUGUCUCCAUGAGGGUGUUCAAACGGAGGUACUUCUACUUGUCUCAGCUUCCUGACGGCUCCUACAUCCUGAAUUCGUACAAGGAUGAGAAGAACUGCAAGGAAACCAAAGGAUCCAUCUACCUGGACUCCUGCAUAGAUGUCAUCCAGAGUCCUAAAAUGCGGCGUAAUGGUUUUGAGCUGAAGAUGCAAGACCGCUACAGCCACUUUCUGGCUGCAGACAGCGAGGCAGAGAUGGAGGAGUGGGUGGUCACAUUGAAACAGGCUCUGCAGAGCAGCACUGAUGCUGGCCAGGACCGGAGGAAUGGUGCAGAGUCCAUGGACUGUGUCCUGGAUGACGACACUACGAGCCAAGGUAAAGGUGAGGGCCUGCUGGAGAGCCUGGGGCGGAGCUUACACCCUGAACUCAUGAAGUACGCAAGAGAGACAGACCAGCUCAAUAGGAUCAGCAGGAAUGAAGGCAGACAAAAGCUUUUCUCCCUGGACCCUGAGACACAGAGGCUGGACUUUUCAGGCAUUGAGCCAGAUGUGAAGCCGUUCGAGGAGCGUUUUGGUCGACGCAUAGUGGUCAGUUGCCACGACCUGACCUUCAGUCUUCAGGGCUGCAUUAACGAGAAGAGUGACGGCGUCCUCACCAAUGUGGAACCGUUCUUCCUUAGCCUGGCCCUCUUCGACAUCUCCAAAAGCUGUAAGAUCUCAGCUGACUUCCACGUUGACCUCAACCCCCCCUGCGUCAGGGAGAUGCUGACGGACACUUCGGGCCAACUCUCUCCGUCGUCUGACUCGGACAGCGGAGCAGGAGUGGCAAGAGAGAGAGGAGGCGUAGGUGGAGCCCUGGUGAACGGGGAAUCUGGCAAAGGGAACGGCCUGCCCAUCCUCCAGAGGGUCUCUGAAGCUCUGCUGCGUUUCCCCACGCAGGGUGUCUUCUCAGUAACCAACCCUCACGCUGACAUCUUCCUGGUGGUGCGCGUGGAGAAGGUGUUACAGAACGGCAUCACCCACUGUGCUGAGCCAUACAUCAAAUCAUCGGACAUCAACAAGACGGCUCAGAAGGUGCUGAAAGCUGCCAAGCAGUCGUGUCAGCGCCUGGGCCAGUACAGGAUGCCGUUUGCCUGGGCCGCCAAGCAGGUGUUCAAAGACGCUCAGGGCAGCCUGGACAUGGACGGGAAGUUUUCCCCUCUGUACCGUCAAGACAGCGGUAAAAUCUCCACGGAUGACAUCAUCAAGUUGCUGGCUGACAUCAGGAAACCUGAGAAAAGCAAGCUUCAGAUCAUUCCUGGACAGCUGAACGUCACCAUUGAAUGUGUCCCACCUGACUUCUCAAACACAGUCACGUCCUCGUACAUUCCCGUCAAGCCUUUUGAGGACGACUGUGAGCAGGUGUCCGUGGAGAUCGAGGAGUUCCUCCCAGACGAGGCCAAGUACAACUGCCCCUUCACCACCUACAAGAACCAGCUCUACGUCUACCCCCUGCAGCUCAAGUACGACAACCAGAAGACCUUCACUAAGGCAAGAAACAUUGCAGUGUGCACACAGUUCAAAGACUCAGAUGAAGAAGGUGCAGCUGCUCUAAAGUGUAUCUAUGGCAAGCCGGGAGACUCACUUUUCACCAGCAGCACCUAUGCAGCCGUCCUACACCACAACCAGAGCCCUGAGCUCUACGAUGAGGUAAAAAUUGAGCUCCCGGUCCAUGUGCAUGAGAAACAUCACAUCCUCUUCACCUUUUACCACAUCAGCUGUGAGUCCAGUAGCAAAGCCAGCACCAAGAAGAGGGAGGGCGUGGAGUCAUUAGUGGGUUACUCCUGGAUGCCUUUGUUAAAAGAGGGUCGGAUGCAGUCGGUAGAAGUCCAGCUUCCUGUAGCGGCCACCCUUCCUGCAGGAUACCUGUGUCAGGACACAAGCAAGUCCCAACCAGAUAUCAAGUGGGUGGAAAAUGCCAAGACGUUGUUCAAAGUGAGGACCCACGUGGCUUCAACCAUAUAUGCUCAGGACCUGCAUCUACACAAGUUCUUCCAACACUGCCAGCUGAUGAGAACAACGUCAGAGGGCAACCAAGCAGAACUUAUAAAAUACCUGAAGUGCCUACAUGCCAUGGAGACGCAUGUCAUCAUCAACUUCCUACCAAUCGUGCUGAUGCAGCUUUUUGAGGUGCUCACAGCGGCCACCAAAGAAUCCCAUGAGAUUGCUGUCAACUCACUGCGUGUGAUUAUACAUAUAGUCUCCAGAUGUCACGAGGAAGGACUUGAGCACUACCUGCGCUCGUUCGUUAAGUAUGUUUUUGUGACCAUUAAUCCUGCGACGGCGAACUCAGCGACCACUCACGAAGUGCUGGCCACCACUGUCACAGCCAUCCUCAAGCAGACCGCUGACUUUAACACCAGCAAUAAACUGCUCAAGUAUUCCUGGUUCUUUUUUGAAACCAUGGCCAAAUCCAUGGCCCAGCAUCUACAAGAAGGCAACCGCUAUAAGAUGCCACGGCCACAGCGCUUCCCCGACAGUUUCCACCAAGCACUCCAGUCUUUGGUAUUGUCCAUUAUGCCGCACAUCACCAUCCGCCACAUGGAAAUCCCAGAGGAGGCUCGCUGCAUAAACCUGAGUCUGGCCAAUUUCAUCAAGAGGUGCCUGACGUUCAUGAACAGGGGAUUUGCCUUUGGUCUGGUCAACCACUACAUGUGUCAUUUCACCCUCAAAGAUCCCAAGGUGUUGACUGAAAUGAAGUUUGAAUUUCUGAUGGGGGUGUGUAACCACGAGCACUUCAUCCCUCUUAACCUGCCCAUGGCCUUUGGACGCACCAAGCUGCAGAGGGUGCAAGAUUUUAUUCCAUAUGCGACGGAGCUUUUUGGCCCUGUAGAGCAGAGUCUGGAGUUCAGCCUGACGGAGGAUUACUGCCGUAACCACUUCCUGGUAGGGCUGCUGCUGAGGGAAGUGGCCGAGACCUUGCACCAGGGGCCCGAGGUCAGGCAGCUGGCUGUGAGCGUGCUCAAAAACCUUCUUAUUAAACACGCCUUGGAUGACCGCUACACAGCGUUCAAGAAUCAGCAGGCCAGGAUCUGUUUGCUCUACCUACCUCUGCUUGAGCUGCUCUACCAGAACCUGAAGCAGUUGUCUGCCAAACCACACACCUCCAGCCCCAGCCUCGGCCUUAACGGCUCCAGAGACGACCUGAUAUCAAACAGUUCCUCAGACAGCAGGAGAAUCAGCACCGCACUCGAUAGAGACCACAGUUUGCCGGCUCAAAAUGGGCAUGUUGUGAGGAGAGAGGACUCCAGAGGCUCCCUGUUUAUGGACCCAGGAACACCAGACAGCCUAGAGCUGCAGAGACGUUGCUCUACUAUGAGCAGCAGCCCCCUGCCCUCCGCCAGCAGACUGGGCCAGUAUGAGAUCAGAGGCCUUCUGCUGUCCUUCCUUCACAUUGUCAAGACCUUAUCAGAGGACACUCUGAUGGCCUACUGGAGCAAAGUCAGCCCUCAAGACAUCAUGAAUUUCCUCACUUUGCUAGAGAUUUGCCUGUCUCAGUUUCGGUACAUUGGAAAGAGGAGCAUUAGCCGGAAUCCAGAGGUUUGCAUGUCGAAGCUGUUUUCCUCGGACAGGAAGUCGCAGACGAUGCCGGCCAUUCGCUGCAACCGAGCUAGUCUCAUGCAAACAAAGCUCCAUCAGUUCAGCACCAUGGAAACCUCCUUCACUCUCAACAUAGGAACAGGACCCUCUGAAGCAGAAAUCAACCAUCAGGCUCUUCUGGAAGGAAAUAUCUCCACAGAAGUUUGCCUCAGUGUCCUGGACGUCCUCUCUCUCUUCACUCAGUGUUUUAAGAAUCAGCUGCUGGACAGCGAAGGUCACAACGCUCUGAUGAAGAAGGUGUUUGACGUUUACCUGGCUUUCCUCAAAGUUGGCCAAUCAGAAGCUGCCCUCAAACACGUGUUCUCGAGCCUUCGAGCCUUUAUUAACAAGUUCCCGUCAGUGCUGUUCAAGGGCCGGGUGACGCUUUGCGAGGCUCUGUGCUGCGAGGUGCUUAAGUGCUGCGUCUCCAAGCUGGCGUCGGUGAGGGCCGAGGCGUCUGCCCUGCUCUACCUGCUGAUGAGGAACAACUACGAGUACACCAAGAGGAAGACUUUCCUACGCACACACCUGCAGAUCAUCAUUGCCGUAAGCCAGCUGAUCUCUGACGUGGCACUGACCGGCAGUUCGCGCUUCCAGGAGUCGCUCUCUAUCAUUAACAACUUCGCAAAUAGUGACAAGGCGAUGAAGUCCACAACAUUCCCCAACGAAGUAAAGGGUCUGACAAAGCGUAUCCGCACAGUGCUGAUGGCCACGGCCCAGAUGAGGGAGCACGAGAAAGACCCCGAGAUGCUUCUGGACCUGCAGUACAGCUUGGCCCGGUCCUACGCCAGCACUCCUGAGCUGAGACGGACCUGGCUGGACAGCAUGGCCCGAGCACACUUGAAGAACGGAGACCUCUCUGAGGCAGCCAUGUGUUACGUGCAUGUGGCUGCAUUGGUGGCAGAGUACCUGCACAGGAAAAAGUUGUUUCCCAGUGGCCUUGCAGCUUUUAAGAAGAUCACUUUAAAUAUUGACGAGGAAGCAGCAAUGAAGGAAGACACAGGAAUGCAAGACGUCUAUUACACUGAGGAAGUGCUGGUGGAGCACCUUGAGGUCUGUGUGGAGGCUCUGUGGAAGGCCGAGCGCUACGAGCUUAUCACGCACAUCGCCAAGCUUGUCAUCCCCAUCUAUGAGAAGCGCCACGAGUACGAGAAACUGAGCCGACUGUACGACACCCUGCACAGAGCCUACAAUAAGAUCAUGGAGGUGAUACACUCAGGGCGCAGACUCCUUGGGACAUACUUCAGAGUUGCUUUUUAUGGGCAGGGCUUUUUUGAGGAGGAGGAUGGGAAGGAGUAUAUUUACAAAGAGCCCAAACUCACCGGCUUGUCUGAAAUCUCUCAACGGCUUCUGAGCCUCUACGGGGAAAAGUUUGGCUCCGAAAACGUGAAGAUAAUCCAGGACUCAAACAAGGUAAACCCCAAAGACCUGGACCCAAAGUUUGCCUAUGUGCAGGUGACCUUCGUCAAGCCCUACUUCGAUGAGAAGGAGGCGCCAGAGAAGAAGACCGACUUCGAGAAGUGCCACAACAUUAACCGCUUUGUGUUUGAGACUCCGUACACACUGUCGGGCAAAAAGCACGGCGGCGUGGAGGAGCAGUGCAAGAGGAGGACGGUGCUCACGACCACCAACACCUUCCCGUAUGUGAAGAAGCGAGUGGAGGUGAUGGGGGAGAAGCAAGUGGAGCUGAAGCCAGUGGACGUGGCCAUAGACGAGAUGAAGGCGCGGACGGCGGAGCUGAGCAGGCUCUGCGCCAGCCAGGAGGUGGACAUGAUCCAGCUGCAGCUCAAGCUGCAGGGCUGCGUCUCCGUGCAGGUGAAUGCGGGUCCCAUGGCCUAUGCCAGAGCAUUCUUGGAUGACAGCAAAUCCAACCAGUCUGGAAACAAGAAAGUAAAGGACCUGAAGGAUAUCUUUAGACGCUUUGUGGAGGCGUGCAGCGUGGCCUUGGACAUAAAUGAGCGCAUUAUCAAAGAAGACCAGUUUGAGUAUCAUGAGGGCCUGAAGGCCAACUUCAAAGAAAUGGUGAAGGAGCUGUCAGACAUCAUUCACGAGCAGCUUUAAGGACACUCAGAUCUACCAGGAGGAAAUGAUGCGUUCGCUGCUGCAGAACUCCCUCCAUGUGUUUAGUGCCAUCAGUGGGACGUCCACUGACUUGGCCUGACGCCCAUCUCACCACCACCACCACCACACAGCCUCAUGUAACCCCCACUCCUCUGAUAAGGACCUAAACAACAAGAUGUCAAACCGAUUUCUGCCAUACUACGCUUGACACCAUGUCAAGCUGGAAAAACUCCAGAUCGCAGCAGCUACCUGUUAAUGCAGCAUGUCCAGAUUAGCUUUCAUGCUAUCAGGUUAGGUUGCACUGCACUUUUUGCUAAUAUGAAUUUCCUACAGUACUUUCUGCCAAGAAUGCAGCCUGUUGCAUCUAUGCAGGACCCAACGGUCCCAGGGUCCGGACGUGACAUCGUAACAUCUAAUCAUUGUGUACCGUGUAAUAACCCAACUCAGCUAAUUAUCUUGUACCAGGUACAUAAGCAAAGAUCAGGACGUGGGUUAUAAUACGGGCCGCAGCACAUUCCACACAGCAUGACACGCUGUGAUGAACAGAUAAACACAGAAAAGGUGCGUGUGGGGCUGACUUACUUCUCUGUUUGUUUAAUGCCAAACAAUACAACCACUCAGUGUGUUACAAAGUUAAAAAAAGGCCCGGCUCUGGAUAACUGCACCUUUUACUCACCGUGGUCCCUGGUCCCUCUGUGUGAAUGCCUCUGACAUCCUGCCACAGUUAAGGAGCCACCUGGCUGCUCGUGGUCUCAUUAGAAUAAAGAUAAAAAUUAUUGAUCCCACAGUGGAGAAAUUCAAUUGCUGUUCAACUCGCUUCUUAAGAAGUUGAUCACAGAUCGUUGCCAUUCCCACCUACAGCCACCGUGCAUGAUGUGAGGUCUGCGUAUUUUAAAAGUAGCUCUGUUACAUUAUAUUUGUAAAGGUUUAUUGGUUCUAAUGAGCUCUGCAUUGCAGAAGUAAUGAAUAAUGUGAAACAGGGGAGGAAAUACUGAGAUUAAAAAUCUGUCAGAGCUUUGAAACAAUCACAGUAUUGUACGCGUGCAGGCUCCCUUUAAUUAAACAGUGUUUGAGAAGACAGUGACGUGAGUAGUCAGAAUGAGGAGGUCCUCUCACCUGGGUUUAGAUCCAGUGCCUUUGUAACACGUCUUCUCAAAAGACUCAAAAGAACCGUCACAUGCUGGUUAUUCACAGUAUUUCACAAGUGCUACACUGAAAUGAGCUGAUGAAUGAGUAAUAUAAUAUAGCGGAUGUACAGAUUUUUGUUUCCGAUGCUGUAAAUUCUAUCCACGUAUGUUUGUAUGUAUUUAUAUUUGUAACAUUUUGGAAUCAGUCCACAUCUGUCUGAGCAGAGAUUUUUUUCUCUUUUGUUCGCAUUUUGUUGCAUUGUUUACUAAAGGUGCUGCUGCUGCUGCUGCUGCUUGUUGAUUUUACUCUGUAAAGCCUUUUUCCAAUAAAACCUGGAAAUCAUCAA